GUGGAGAAGGGUAAAAAAGGAAAAUUGAAGGACGCAGUUAAAUUCCGCCGUUUACCGAACUCAAAUGUUGGCACGCAUUUUUAGGCAAACACUUCAUGACUAAUUAGUCCAUCAAAUAACGAUAAAACCAACGCACAAGCCCCCAAGCUCAGAGUUACUUCCCACCUCCAACAAUGGCGGAUCCAGAUCAACACCCCCAAAGCCCCGACCUUCCUCGCUACGACAUCGUAAUCCUCGGAGCUUCGGGCUUCACCGGAAAGUACGUCGUCAGGGAAGCCCUCAAAUUCCUCAACACCCCAUCUUCCCCUCUCAAAUCCCUAGCUUUAGCCGGUCGGAACUCUACCAAGCUCGCCGAAGCCCUCAAAUGGGCGGCGCACCCGAACUCGCCGCCUCCGAUUCCCAUCCUCACCGCCGAAACCUCCGACGCGGCGUCCCUCCGCCGCCUCUGCGCCCAGACCAGGCUCGUCCUCAACUGCGUCGGCCCGUUUCGCCUCUACGGUGAGCCGGUGGUCGCCGCCUGCGUCGAGACCGGGACCGAUUACUUGGACAUCUCUGGAGAGCCGGAGUUCAUGGAGAGGAUGGAGGCUAAGUUCCACGACAAGGCGGUGGAGACCGCCUCGUUGGCGGUCUCGGCGUGUGGAUUUGAUUCAGUGCCGGCCGAGAUCGGGUUGUUGUUUAACUCACGGCAGUGGACCGGACCGGCCGUGCCGAAUCGGGUCGAGGCGUACCUGAGCUUGGAAUCGGAUAAGAAGAUCGUUGGGAAUUUUGGGACGUAUGAAUCGGCGGUGUUGGGUUUCGCCAAUGCCCAGAAGUUAAUGGAACUUCGGCGGUCCAGACCCAAAAGAGCUAGGCCAGUGAUUCCUGGGCCUCCUCCUCCAAAAGGUCCAACUAUAGAACACCAGAAAGAAAUCAACCUUUGGGCUGUUAGGCUUCCUUCAGCGGAUUCCAUUGUAGUGCGAAGAACACUUGCGACUCUGACUGAAAACCCUGGUGGUCUUCCUGGGAAGAAUGAGAGCCCUGAACAAAUUCAAAAGAGGGAGGCUUUCUGGUCAACUGUGAAGCCUGCUUAUUUUGGGGUAAAGAUUGGCUUCAAAUCUUUGUUGGGCAUUUUCCGAAUCAUGACAGUUGGGAUAUUUAUUGGGAUUUUUGGUAGGUUAGCCUUUGGGAGAUGGCUUCUCUUGAAAUUUCCCUCGUUUUUCACCCUUGGAUGGUUUAGGAAGAAGGGUCCCUCUGAGGAGGAGGUAAGAAGGGCCUCGUUUAAGAUGUGGUUUGUUGGACAUGGUUUCAGUGAUAGCAGUCUUCUUUCACAAGGAAAAUCGAAACCUGACAUGGAAAUAGUAACAAGAGUCAUGGGUCCUGAGAUUGGCUAUUUGACCACUCCAAUAAUUCUGCUUCAGUGUGCACUCAUCGUUCUAAGCCAACGUGAAAACCUACCCAAGGGAGGAGUUUUUACCCCCGGGAUUGUUUUUGGUCCAACCUAUCUCCAAGAACGACUCCAAGAGAAUGGAGUAUCUUUUGAUCUUGUUUCAAAGAAUGCUAUUUCUACUUAGCCAAU